AUGGUUGUAGGAAUGAAGGAGACAGGUUUAACUGAUAAUAACAAGGCACUAGAUAGUAAAGAUAAUAAAUACUAUUGUAAUCUCUGUGCAGCCGGUGGUUGGGAUAAAUCGGUUAGCUUAUCACAACAUAUGAGACAUAUGCACAAG